AUGGCCGAGACACAGCUGCCGCGGUGCGUCGUGUGCUCCAUAGACAUGACGCCGUGGAGUGUCGCGGACCGCGAGACACACGUGAAUGAGUGUCUAGAUGAAGCGACCAUUGACCAGCGAUAUGACUGUCCCACUUGUGGCGAAGAGCUCUCACACUGCGACGAACGCCAGCGCUUGGAGCACGUGAACCGCUGUCUGGACAGAAAAGAGACGUAUGACAGCGAUAUGAGCGUGCAUAAACACGAUAAAGCUGUUGGAGAAGAAGAGGAAGACGGGGCAGAGGCGCAAGAGGAGGUGCAGCUGACACAGGUGGCGCAGUUGACGCAGGGGGAGGCAGAGACAAGCGACAGCGCGUACUUUGAAGCCAAUUACGUAUGCAAAAUCUGCGGUAUCGACAUGUCCAGCGUCGAUCUGGUGCACCGCAUUCGUCACGUGAAGUUGUGUGGCCAGAAGUUUGGUGUGAGAGCUGCUGAUAUGGCAGAGGUGGAGCAGACAGAGACGAUUGUGGCGAGACUGGACGAGAAGGACGCGUCGAACGCGUUUAUGGUCAUGAUGCAGUCGGCAGCUGGAAAAGCAACAGCAGAGACCGCUUCGAUGGAGAGAUCGAACGUCUUUGACGUCCUGAUGCGAGGCUCCAAAACGGCUGCUGUGCUCAACGCUAGGAAACGUCCCGUGCCUGUCAAAUUUACUCGCAAAGCAGUGCAACGACGCCGCCUGUUGUACCCUGAUUACAAGUGUAUCCAAGGAACGAGCCCGCCUUUCAUCGUCGACGGGUUCCACUACGCUUGCAAACAACACUCUAGCAUCUACUUCCUCACACACUUUCACUCUGAUCACUACGGUGGAAUCACCAAGGACUUUGACUGCGGUAUCAUUUACUGCAAUGAAAUUACUGCCAAGCUUGUGGUUCAAGAGCUGGGUGUCCAUAGCAAAUACGUCCAUCCAGUGGGGAUGAACAUACCUGUGCUUGUCGGUAACGUGCAAGUUACUUUCAUGGAUGCCAACCAUUGUCCUGGUGCAGCCAUCAUUUUAUUUCGCUUGAAAGACGGUAAAACAUAUCUACACACUGGAGAUUUUCGAUUUUACAGGAAAAUGCUAAACUAUGCUGCAUUGCAGCCACACAUUCCGACGGGCGAUGAAGCAAUUGAUCAUAACGGUAAAAUUGUUGGCAUCAAUCGUCUGGAUGGUGUGUAUCUGGAUACAACCUACUGCAAUCCAAAGUACACGUUUCCGACUCAGCAAGCGGCCAUUAAACACGCACUCGAGCUCAUGGACGAUCACUGGAAGCAGGAAAAGGUGCUUUAUCUGUUUGGAUCGUAUACAAUUGGCAAAGAGCGCAUGUUCAUGGAGAUUGCACGCAAGUUUCGAAAGAAAGUAUGUGUCUCGAAAGCGAAGUUGAGAAUUAUUGAAACCUUUGACUGGCCUCGUGAAGAGAUGCAACUGCUGACGACAGAAUCGGCUGCGACCAACUUGCACGUUGUACGCAUGCAGGAUCUUAAAAUGGACAAUUUGACGGUGUUGCUAGCAAAGCAUCGUCUACGGUACCGGUCCAUUGUGGCAUUCCGCCCCACCGGGUGGACGUUCAGCAGCAAGAAUCCGCGGAAAAUGUCGACCUGUUGUUCCAAUCCUACAGGCAAGAUUCACGUCUACGGCAUUCCCUACAGCGAGCACUCGAGUUUUGCCGAGCUCUGCGACUUUGUCAAAGUGGUGAACCCUCGUGCAAUCAUUCCAACGGUGAACUGCAGCAACAAGCGAAAUGCGACCAAGCAGGUCAAUGCGUUGCGGCAGGUCGCUUUUCACAAUAUUUCAGCGCUAUUCAAGCAGCAGCACCAGCAGAUCAAGCAACAACUGAAAACAAGUUGA